AUGGCAGAUGACUGCUCAGCUCGCUUUUCAAAGUGGACUGCUGCGCUUGAUCACAUGCGCGCCUGUGACUCCUACCAAAGGUUGGUAAAAGAGGGUGGCGCCCCGAAGAAGCCCAAAGUCGCAGCAUCAAGAGAGAAGGCGCAACGAGUUGAGCCGAAGCCAGAACUGGACUUUACGCAGGAUCCCUUCCACGGCGUCCUAAAGGUCAAGGUGCCUCCCGACGAGCCGGAGAUCGCUGCCGUUUUCAGACAGUGUUGGGAGGACUUUCCUGAGAAGAGCGACUAUCGCGGCUUUUGGAAGCAUGCGCUGGAGCAUGUCAAGGAGCUGUAUGGCGUCUCCUUCCAGUCCUUCGGCCACGGCAAGCUGCCGCGCUUCCUGAAGAAGCACAAAAUCGCUCAGGAAGUCUUCCGAAACCGGCGGAAAUGCGGGACACCGACUCAGGACUCUCUUCCGGAGUCAGAGGAGGAGGAACUGAGGCCAGACACCUCAGAGGACGGCCCGAAGUCCUCGCCACCAGGUCCUCCAAGGAGCUCCGAGGCUCCGUUCGAGCCGUCCGACGCUUCCGGGGCUCCGGGGCCCAUGCUUCCAAGCAAAGCUCCCGGGCACGGUUCUCAUCCUUACGCCAGACCGAAGCCUUCCGUGGCUCCGUCUGCUUCGGUCUCACAUGAGGGGCCCUUACCAGGGCUUUGGGGCUAG